AUGACCAUGAUCGCCAUUAUCAAGAAUAAAACGGGCCUGGCCCUCGACACCACCCCCAAAAUACACAAGAAGUACCUCGGAGAACCAGACGACCCGCACUUUAUUCCCGACAGCCCACUGAUAGAACGCGCUCAAUUUACCGAGCAGGAAGAAGGCGAACUGAAGAGACUAUGCGCACUGGCUCUCGCCCAUGUUCCGCAUUCUGACGAACCAGAUCCGGCACCUCCGCGACAGCCUCAGCCUCAGGCCCCUCGAAAAUACAAAACUGCUGCGCGAGAGGAUGUAAAGCCACCGCAGCCACAGUAUGCAGAGACUCGGACGCCGUCAGAAGCUUCUAAGAGGGACACUGUCGGCACAGCCACCGACUAUUCAACUCCCCUGACCAGUGCUGGCAUCACUCCCGGCGAAACUGUGAAGCGCAACUCCGACAACAACAACAAAGCUUCAUCAAGCUCAAAAGGUAUCACUGCUAGCAACCUGCGCUUCGACUCAUGGCAACAAGCUUACCAGCGGGCAAAAGCUCAUUCGCAUCCUCCACCAUCCAAGGCAUUGCAACCAGUCGAUCCACGCAAGGUAUUAGACGCGCGGAAAUCGUCGGCCUCUGCCCCGGUAGGCACAGAACGUGCUCUGCGCUUCGCCACAGAAUCACCGCGUGGCUCAACUAGCAGUCAACCAAAUCCUGCUCGUUCGACAGAAUUCCCACGCUCCAAUCGUUACUCUCAGGCCGAGCUCAAUAAGAAGCUCCCACCUUUGCCCAAAGAGGCUUCUGGGGAUGAUCCACAGAAGUCUGCCUCACUAUCACGUAUGUUCAAGACCAUCAGCCGGAAGAAGAGCACAAUUCACGGCGAUGACGAAGAAGACUGCGAGCCGCUGACUGGCUCAGACGGCCGAAUCUCAACCCCCGUCAAACAUGUCAAGAGCGCACCUGUGAGCCCAGCCGUGGGAGCUGACAGCAAAAAAAAGCUUGCAAGUAAGCUUAAGAUCUUUGGCCGCAAAGAGCGGCCAGAGAUCUCGACGAGAGGCAUAACUGUCUCAUAG